AUAGGGCUUUUGUAAACUGGGAAACACUGAAAUGGUUUGAAAAAAGAGUAGCAGAGCUAAGGGUCUCACCUUCCACUCCAGAAGACCAUGGACUCUUGCCAAAUUACACAGAGGUGUCAUCCAGCUUUGGGGUUUUCGGAUGGGUACUUUCAACGAUCCAGUUGACGAUCACGAAGGCCCUGUUCGUUCUCACUCCACAGCCUUUCUUCCUCUCAAGAGUUUCUAGUAUUGAUGAAUUUCUGGUGUUUGAGUAG